UAAGAUUUCAUUAUGAGGAGAUUUGUAGGCGUAUAUCAUUUAUGAUUUAAUGUAAUUUGAUUUUUUCAUAGACUAACUUUUAUGAUUUUGGAUUUAAUAAAAUCCACAAGGUACCAAAAAUCCUUUUAGUUGAUGAAAUAUAGCGAUAAUGUUAGCGAGAACGAUGAUAGUAACAACCAGCACGACGGUGGUUCAGCGGAGUUCGCCGGCAAGGACUGUGUGUCUGGCUGCCUCUCGAACCGAAACCAGUCAGUUACGAGAUCAACUUGAUCAACUUCACUUUGAAGCAUCCAACGCUAGAGCUAAAGCUAACAAAGCACGACAGAGGUUGUUGCGGUUGUCUGAAGCAGCAGAGAAGCUUCGACGACAGGCUGCCAUUAGCGUUCAAUCUGGGAAAGAAAAUGAGGCUAGAGAUCUUCUAUUUCAAAAGAAGAAGACUAUGCAAGCUUUAGAGAAUACAAAGAGUCGAAUCGAGUUGCUUGAUGAGCUCUCAACAAAGCUUUUUGAGGCAAUAUCUCUGCGAGAAAGGCAACUUGUCGGGACAGUUUCACAAGAUAUGGAAAUCGAAAAAGAGGAUGCUGAGUCUCCAGUUCGGGUUGUGUCUCCACCUUCUGAAAGUUGGGGAGCUGACGUGAACUCUGAAAAUGAUUUGUUGAAUACUAGCGAUGAUCAAGAGCUACAAGAUAGAACUUAUGACAUAUCUACAGAACUGAAAAUAAACAAUCUUGAAGGAUCUUUACAAGUUCCUAUACAAGUUUCGAGAGAUGGCAUUGACAACAAUGAUCUGAUCAGCAGCUUGACGGGCGUAAGUUCUUAUGAAGACUUUUUGGACCGUAUUGAUCAGCAUCUAAACAAAGUUGAAGCUGAGAUCAACACAGUUGUGAAGUUCUCGACCUUGGUUCUGGAAAACAAAGAGAGGCCGACAAAUCUCAAGGUGCAACAACUGACAGAAAUUCUUGAUUGUGUUCAGCACAUUAGAAAAAGGAUUGCUAUUAUCAUGCAGACAGGAGCGGGGAUGGAAUAAAGGUGUAACCAUUUCAACACAACAGCAGGAUUGCUAUUAUCAUGCAAACAGAAGCAGAGAUGGAAUAAAGGUGUAACCAUUUCAACGCAACAGCAGGUUAGUAUAUGAACCAUAAAGGCAUGAUCUGAUAUAGAGGAAACCAAGUCUGAUUACUUGACCCAGAAGCUGUUUCUUUUACUUGGAACCAAGUAUGUUUCUAUAUUUAACAAAUUUGAUUGAUUUGCUGAUGUUAUAAUCAGUUUGAUUCUAUUAUUUUUUAUUUUUUUGAAAAUCAUUGUCAAAGUUACUUUUUGAUUACCGUGGUAGUAUUAUUGCAACAGCUUUGGUGCAACUGGCACUCAAAUUGUGUAUACAAUUGAAAUGCUAGACAUGACUGGCACUCAAGUUGGUUAAAAUUUUACUUUCGAAUAGAAGAAUAAUGAGUCUUUCCGGUAUUA